AAAGUUUAUUUUUUAAAAUUUUUAAUUAGACGAGGACGUUCUGGAGUAAGAGAUGGAAACAUACAAAAGCGUUUUCAAUAUCUCAUGAACAUCUCCUACUCUGUUUCCUCCGCCGUUUACAAGCCGCCAACCCCACUUUCAGAAUCGCCCUUCUUUCGCAGAAAUGGCAGAAAACUCGGAGAUUGUAAGCAAAGAAGAAGAUCCUAAAGGACCCAAAAACUUAUUCUCACUGUUUCCCAAGUUCAAGCUUCAAUUUCCAUUCUUGAAGCAAGAACCAAAAGCAGGCGUGGCUGUUGAAGAUGAACCGAGGAAAGCAGUAGCUGGUGAUGAAGGACUUGAAAGUAAGACUCAGAAACCGGACAUUGUGAGGUUCCCAAAAACGCAACUUGUUGUUCCUCCUCCUGUGGCGGUUGAGAAUGAAGAGCCUUCAACUAAGACUUCCAAUCCUAUUAUACUCUGGCAGGUUUACGCUAUUGGGGGGUUUCUGGUUUUGAGGUGGAUCUGGGCAAGAUGGAACGAAAGAAGGGAUCGAAAGGAGGGGUCUUCUGAUGAUGAACAAUCUUCUCCUGAUGAUGAACGAUCUUCUCCUGAUGAAUAGGUUUUUCAUAGGCCAUAGUUAACCCUUGAAAUAUGGAACAUCGAUAAUGCACGUUACUUUCUGGAUUCCUUUUGUAAGAAAAUCAGUCCAUCAAAACAUCAGUGUGCUUAGUAAAGAAAGUGGCUUUCCUUUUGAUUUCCUCUA